GCUCCGCCGAUUCGGAUGAGCAGCAGGUGGCUUUCCUUUCACGCCAGAAGACUCGUUAAAACCUCUUCCCUCCCAGGCAGACUGUUUUUCUAUCGCGUAGGAGGGCUGGAGAAAAGCUCAAACUCAUGUAAUUUAGGGAAAUUAACUGUAGAUGUGAAUGUGUGCUACUUUGGGCUACUUCAGUUAUGUGAGCGGAAGGCAAGCAAAGGAAUUAACCAUACCGUGCAAGGACCGUCUUGAGGGAAGUUGAAGGCGUUCCACCCAGACCAGAGAAGCUCUCCAUGACUGUAUCGUAUUCUGUGAAGAGAAAAAACAUCGUAAACAGGUUUCACAGGAAACCUGCCUCCUGGACCAGGUGCUGGAGCUGAUUAUGAAUGAGAAGCCCGCCAACACCGCCAGCCUUUUCCUGAACGAGGACGCCGACAAGCCCUCCCUCCCUGAACGAGGCCUCUGGCGGUGGCUACAUAGGGCCAUGCAGAAGAGAGCGGCCAGUGCCAAGGACACGAUGAGCUCCAUAACUAAGGAGAGCGUCAAGGGCUUCCUGAGACGCAACCUCUUUGUCCUCCUCACCAUCGCAGCAGUGGCUCUGGGUGUCAUGCUGGGUUUUGCCCUGCGGCCCCACAACCUGACCCUCAGGAAGAUCAAAUACUUUGCCUUCCCUGGAGAGCUGCUGAUGAGGAUGCUGCAGAUGCUGGUUCUGCCUCUCAUCAUCUCCAGCCUGGUCACAGGUAUUUCCUCUCUGGACAGCAAAGCGUCUGGGAAGAUGGGAAUGCGGGCUGUGGUUUAUUACAUGGUGACCACCCUCAUCGCAGUCUUCAUUGGCAUCGUCAUUGUGAUUGUCAUAAAACCAGGGAAAGGCCAUAGGGACAGUCCAGUGGCCUCUAGCGGUACCAUAGAGCCGGUACAAGCAGCUGACGCCUUCCUGGAUCUCAUCAGGAACAUGUUCCCACCAAAUUUGGUGGAAGCCUGUUUCAAGCAGUACAAAACAGUCUACAAGAAGACCAUCUACACCAAGAACGUGACCAUUACCCUCAACCUGACUGACUCCCUAAACGCUACAGAGGCUGCCUUGGCUGCUAACAUGAGCAGAGUCCUGCAGACCAUCCAGGAGACAGUGGUGGAGACGAUCCCAGUGUCUGGUUCCUCUAACGGGGUGAACGCCCUGGGUCUGGUGGUGUUCUCCAUGUGCUUCGGCCUGGUCAUCGGCAGCAUGAAGCAGCAGGGACAGGCUCUCAGGGACUUCUUCGACUGCCUCAACGAAGCCAUCAUGCGCCUAGUGGCCAUCAUCAUCUGGUACGCUCCAGUGGGCAUCCUGUUCCUGAUAGCAGGUAAGAUCGUGGAGAUGAAGAAUCUGGCCGAGGUGGGAGGUCAGCUGGGGAUGUACACGGUGUCUGUCAUCGUGGGUCUGCUCAUCCACGGCCUCUUCGUCCUGCCCCUGUUCUACUUCCUGGUCACCAGGAAGAACCCCUACACCUUCAUCGCUGGCCUGCUGCAGGCCCUCAUUACUGCCCUGGGGACGUCCUCUAGCUCUGCCACCCUGCCCAUCACCUUUCGCUGUCUGGAGGAGAACAACCAUGUGGACAAGAGAGUGACACGCUUCAUCCUGCCCGUGGGUGCCACCAUCAACAUGGAUGGCACUGCCCUCUACGAGGCUGUGGCCGCCAUCUUUAUUGCUCAGGUCAAUGACAUGGAACUCAACUUUGGCCAAAUCCUCACCAUCAGUAUCACAGCAACAGCUGCCAGCAUUGGAGCAGCAGGCAUCCCGCAGGCUGGUCUGGUUACCAUGGUGAUUGUAUUGACAUCGGUGGGACUGCCCACAGAGGACAUAACGCUGAUCAUUGCUGUGGACUGGUUCCUGGACCGACUGAGGACCACUACCAACGUGCUGGGGGACUCUCUGGGGGCGGGCAUCGUGGAGCACCUGUCACGCCAGGAGUUGCAGAGCCAGGAUGUUGAGGUGGGCAACUCGGUGAUUGAAGAGAACGAAAAGCCCUACCAGCUCAUCUGCCAGGAGAACGACUCAGUGAAGCACCACAACAGUGAGACCCCCAUGUAGGGGUCAGGACAGGGGAAUUUAUAGGCCCAGUCUGAAAACAACCACUAGCCUCUACUGUACUUCUUCUUUUAGUCAACAUUGCUUGAUCUAAUAUUUAUAUAUUUCUUAAUUCCAUUAUUUUACUUUUAGAUUGGUGUGUAUUGUUGUCAGAUACUACUGCACUGUUGGAGCUAGGAACACAAGCACUUCGCCACACCCAUAAUAACAACUGCUAAAUAUGUGUAUGUGACCAAAACAAUUUGAUUUGAUUUUCAGUGUUUGUAGAUAUGGAAGAACUGGAUACAGUAGAUGUAAACAAUAUGGGGAAAGUUAUUGGAUGCCUAGGUUGAGCUAUCACCAAAUUGCUAACACCUAUCUGGUUAACUUCAGAUCUGCAAACACUCUAGGGAUAGUGAUUUGGCAUUGUUUUGACACUCUUAACCAUAUCACCAACUCUUUUGGUAAUUUCAGUCCAAAUCUGAGUCCAUGGAUGCAUUGUCCACUCUAGAGGACACUGAUGAAAGAACUGGACAGGUGAAAUCACAUUUUCCAUAGAUAUCUAGCUCCCAUAUUGAUUUCACUUAUCCCAUGUUUUCAUAUCAGUAGAGAACACUUUAGACUGCUGUUGUGUACUCAGUAUCGGAUUCAUUUACAUGAACAAGAAAAUAAUUGCCAUUCAAUAACCUUUUUAAAUAUGUGAAUAAAUGGAAAAUCCAUUCCUAUACUCACCAUCACGUAGCUGGUUUUGUUGCAUGGCUUGAAUUUAUUUUUAUUAUAUUUUGACACUUUUAGCAUCAUUGACAUAAUCAAUUUGAGUUUAUAGCAGCCUCUGUUGCACUUCUGUAGUUGGUGGUUGUUGUUUUUAUUGCAAAUCUACCUCUAAUAUAAUUCAAGUGUACAUUAUGCUUUCUCUUAAGCCAUUUGAUUUUCUGCCCCAAACAUUACCUAGAGGAAAUGUUGUAGGCCUAUCACAUUAUCCAUGCUACCAACCUUGAUAACCAGUUUUUCAACAGUUUUGAAAACAAACACUGAAGUAUUGUCAUCAGUUUUGAUAUAAUGUACUUUGCUUAAUCUCUGUCAAUAGCAUCAAUGUGAAUAUAUAGUAUAUAUUUGUAUGGAUAUCUGUAAUAAUAUUUGACACUUGGGUGAUUUCUAUGUUACUGUUUGAGGUAAAUUGGGGUUGUUAGACUUUUUUAUUUUUUGAAAACAUUAUUGGUAACAAAGAAUUAUUUUCAGUGUUAACUCUAGUGUUUCUUAACUAAACAUAUGUUGGUACUAGUGCCCUGUUAUUUUAACACAAGUCACUCAAGCCUGAAGUAUGUGAAAUGUUGAUAUCAUUGGGGGUGUUGUGUGUUGCUGUACAUUGUAAAGAUGGAGAAAUAUUGACAGAAGGAUGUCGUAUAGGCUACUGUAUUACUUGAUAUGUUUUCCUCCAAUGUUCCUGGUUGUUUGAGUAUUUUCAGACCAUGAGAGAAUUGAAUGUACAUUUGGUCCAUUUGUAGAAUAUGAGCAGGGAGAUCAGUAGAUUUCUAGACUAAAAUAACUCAAAUGCUCACUAGAUAUUCCCUUUCCUUGAUGCUGUAAUCUUAAUUACUGUUAAUUUAUGAUUAUGGCUUUUUUCUUUUAUUUGACUGUGGGACAAAAGUGGAAAAAUGUUAUGCCUAAAGCAGUUACAUGUACAUACAUAAUUUAAAGGCAAUUAAGUUCAAUGUUAAAGAGGCAUUCCAGAAGAUUUGAAAACAAUCUAGUUAUUAUAAACCCUCUGCAGUCCUAACACUUUUACGUGGCAUCAUUUAGUGCACGAGAUACGCGCUCAUUUAUGUCAUGUAGCCUAAUUUGUGCCUCUUGUUUUAGGUAUUAAAUAGUUUAUUUAUGUUUUCAUGAGAUUGUUUAAAUUUGGAUGGCUUUAGUAUUUUGAUGGAAGAAUAUGAAAGUUGCAACAAAUAAAUGUCUCAGGAAUUGA